UUUUUUCUUUAAACUUCCGUCAACAAAGUUUUCUAUUGUGCCUUUUUUUUUAAAGGUUAAGCAAUUUCUAUACCUCUAACUUUUCUUAAUGAUCAUUAAUGGUGAAAAAUGGGCCUGUGAAACAUGCAUUAAGGGCCAUCGAGCGACACAGUGCUCACAUACUGAACGACAAUUACUUCCUAUAAAAAAAAAAGGGAGGCCUUCGACACAAUGCGACAAAUGUAAGCAGUUACGAAUAUCCAGGCGGCUGCACGUUAAAUGUAAUUGCAAAGACAAAAGCGUAUGAAACAAAAGCAAAAAGAAGGAAAACAAUUGAAACAACAACAUUAAGGCCUAUCGCACCAAAAAUAGGAUCUCCCAUCGACGACAAUAACGGGAGCAAA